GCCUCCCUAUGGAAAUAACACCCAAGAGUAACUGCUUCUUUUUAAUUAUCUGUUUAAUUUAUCAGGGAAGAACAGGCAUUUUGUAAACCAUUGUGCAGUCGUUUUGUUUGCGGUUAUAUGGUUUGACUGGAGUUUUACAUUUAUGCAUUUUGGCAGACGCUUUUAUCCAAAGGGACUUCCAAGAGAGAGUUUUUAAUCAUACAGAACCGCACGGAUCCGUUAACAUUGAGUUAUUGGAAUAUAUACGUCAUAAUGGAUACGUCAAAGGUUAAUAUUAUAAACGAAAAGACAACAUUUGGAGUCACCAGAAGUUAUUUGACCUCGAUCACGUAACGACCAAUGUCGCGUUCAGUUGAAUAAUUGACUGCAAGAGAAGAAGAAAAAAACAACGAAUUCGCCUAUUUAAAUAACCGAAUUCUCAGGCUUACGGUAAAUGACUGUUUCACCAAAAUGGACAGAGAAGAUGAAUAUGAAGAGUUUGAGGUAAAUGACUGUUUCACCAAAAUGGACAGAGAAGAUGAAUAUGAAGAGUUUGAGGUGGAGAACACCAAAAUGUGUGAGCUAGUUUGUGAGCUGGAGAACAUUCUCAGUGAAAUGCAAGCAUACGAACGUCGUUUGUCAGAGCUGUUUGAUGGAAAGAUCACAGUGGAGGGUCUGGACACGUUCCUCCAAAAGAUCCGGUCUGCGGCAGCUCAGGAUGUGAGGAAAUGCCUCUCUCCGGCCUUGAAAGGCCUUCCUAUUAUGGCAACAGGGAGCAUGAAGAGCACUUCCACAUCAUCGUCUGGACAAAAUGAGCCAGAGUUUUUAGCCCUGACCAUGCCUGACUUCACCAUGGGAGCUGAGGUCCUGGUCCCAGGCAUGAUGACCUGUUUCCUGAAGCACCUGCGGGAGAAACCCGGAGAGAUGGUCCAGCAGUCUCUGGCUAAGCUAACCAUACAAUUGAGUAACCUGGGCCUUGUCUCUGUUGUGGGAAAGAAGGCUGUGGCAGCCACUUAUGAAAUCUGUAAUCUUGUCAUGAGAGUGGUUUCCAUAUUCCUGUCCCAUUGUGGCAACUACUCCAGGCACUUCUUGUACUCAGUUACAGGUAUUAUUGCACGGGACAAGAUGGCCGCUGUGCUUCGGUGCUUCACAGAAACAGCCAAGACCUUCAACCUACUGGGCUUCAACAGCACCUACUUCCAGUUGAAGCCUGUGGUCCAGGCGGUGGUGACCUAUCUGGGAAAGAUAUACCAAAGCAGAAUGGCUGCUGCCUUCAAGUACCAGCUACCCCUGGUUGAUGAUCAUUCCUCGGAGCUUGAGGAGUUUCGUGGGAAGAUCGAGGCACCCAUCAUUGUUGAGGAAGUCCCCAGUGAGCUCCUGGGGAAGGUGGUGGACUCAGAGCAGAACAGAUUUCUGUCUGAGCGCUCUUACUGUCACAGGCGUAUCCUGGCCAAACAGCCGAAAGAAGAGCUUGCUGCAGCUAGAUACAUCAUUUAUUAUCAUGAUCCUGAUGAACUCCUGGAGAAGACAGAGAAGAAGUCGGUGGAAAAGGGAUCCCUGGAUGCUGUGUCUGAAAGUCUUUCCCUGGCCUUACUGCCUCCUGAAGCCAUACAGCUUGUGGCAACUGGACACAUCACUGAUGUUCGUGCUGAAAAAGCUCUGGUGAAGGCUGAAGCCAAGGAGUUGGUUAUGGACGGCCUGAGAACUGCAUCUUGCAAAGUUGUGGAGGACCUCAUAACAGCAGCCAAUGAAAUGGUUGGCAUGGAUACUCCCCUGGAUACUGAGAUCUCUCAGACCGAGAAGGUUGUCCUCAUCACUGGCAAGGCUAAGUGUCAGGUUACUACUGAAGAUGUUCCUGAUGAACUCCUGGAGAAGACAGAGAAGAAGUCGGUGGAAAAGGGAACCCUGGCUGCUGUCUCUGAAAGUCUUUCCCUGGCCUUAUUGCCUCCUGAAGCCAUACAGCUUGUGGCAACUGGACACAUCGCUGAUGUCCGUGCUAAAAAAGCGUUCAUGAAGGCUGGAGCCAAGGAGCUGGUGAUGGUUGGCCUAAAAACUGCAGCUUCCAAAGUUGUGGAGGACCUCAUAGCAGCUUCAGUAGAGAUGCUUCACAUGACCACUCCCCUGGAUACCCAGAUCUCUCAGACACGGAAGAUGGCCCUCAUCAACGGGAAGUCUGAGAUUGCUGCAGAGAAUGUUCUUAAUGAACUCCUGGAGAAGGUUGUGAAAGAGUCUGAGAAGAGGAGAUCCCUGGCCCUGAUCUCUGUCUCUGACUGCCCCCCCUUGGCCACUCAGCUUCCUCAGCUCACCGAUCUUGUUCCUGAGCAGUGCAGUGGAGAGGCUGCCAAGUGUGCUGAUGAAGACAGACAGGUGAAGAAGAAGAAGGAGACGAAGAAGAAGAAGAAGGGAAUCCGUGCUUUCUUCAGAGGUCUUUGGAAGAGGAUGAUAUGUUCCUCUGGAAUCCCCAAGGAUGACUGAGGCCCUGUCACCUAGGAGUGACUGUGCCCCUACAAGCAACAUUUACAUUUACAUUUAGUCAUUUACAAACAAGCAACACACAAAGUAUAUUUUGAAUCCAAAAUAAAACUGUUAUUGGCAUUUCCAAGAAGUUGUGAUCAAUGCAGGGAUGUGUACACAGGUCAAAAAGUACUGGAGUUAAAUGUGUAGCGGGCUCCAGGAUUGUAAAUUAAUCUUACAUCAUUAACAUACUCUAUAGUAUAAUUAAACUUUUAUUUUAUCGUCAACAUAUGAAAUCUCCAUAACUGGCAUAAAUCAACUCGGUCUGUGCAC